AUGUCUUAUAAAAAUCAUUUUAUUCGUCUUGCUAUUUAUAAUCGAUUUGCAUUCAAAGAAUUAUUUUCAAAACUCAAUGAAUGUAUAUCGCUUGAAAAUUAUCAUGCCGACAGCGGACUCUUUUUUCGUUCAAUACAUGGUACAUUAUGUCAUUGUCUAUUAUCAAGUAUACUAUGGUACUCACGUAUUGCUGAGCCUCUAGAUAUUGCUAAAAAAUUUCCAUUUGAAAUUAAUUCCUACUGGUCACGAACAGCCGAAGAAUGGGAACAAGUUGUCAAAGAUCGUGAAAAGUUACAAAACAUGAUAAUCGAAGAAUGUAACAGAUGGAUUGACUACGUAACACAACUAGAACCAGAACAAUUGGAUAAAACAUUUAAAUAUCUUGAUACAAAAAAUGUUUCUUCUGAACGCGUGCGUGGUGAGGCAUUAGAUCACAUUUUUAAUCAUAAAACUCAUCACCGUGGUCAAAUAACGGCAGCAAUGACAAGAUUUGGUGGACGUGAUGCAUCACCUGUUUUAGAUUUAGCGUCGAUGCCCACAACUGAAGAACAUAAGACUUAA